CUCCGAGUCCACGGUGGAGCGCUGCGCCGUUGGCACGCAGCAAUGAUGCGACGCACGGACCACUUCCGUUUUGGCGUGCACCGCCACCCAGAUUGUUUGGUUACGACGGCUUGUCCUCCCGUAUUAUUCAAGGAUCGCGCUCUUUGCUGAGCUCCUCGAGCUCGACAGUCUCCACGGUGACUUGCCCUCCUCGACAUUCUCUUGUAUUCUGCUGCGUUUCCCUCUCUAUCUCCCGAUAUCAUAGUGCCCAGGCGGUCUCCUAUCUAUCGCUUCUUCUCUCCAAGUUUAGCCCCUUUGGCCUCGCCGUUCCAUUAUCAUGCUGGCCACAAUGAACAUAUCCCAGUCGACGGCUUCCAUUCACCAGAAUGCCCAUAUUGAUCUUCAGUGCGACCAUAGCGAACAUAUCGACUUUGACAAGAUCUGUCCUGGCUGUAAACUUUCCGUAGUGACAGACGACGGUGGUUUGGUGGUGGCAUUUGGGCAAUCCUUCUUUCACGUAGAUUGUUUCAAGUGUGCCAAGUGCGGAGAUAAAGUCACCGCAGACACGAACCUUCUGCUCCUUUCUGACGGUUCUCCUGUAUGCGCCAAUUGUUCAUACAACUGCAAUGUCUGCAGACUGCCCAUCCUCGACGAGGCCAUUAUGACCGGUGACGACUCUUACCAUGCACACUGUUUCAAGUGUAAAGUAUGCAAGAACCGUAUUGAUGAACUCGUUUUUGCGAAGACCAGCCAAGGGAUUUAUUGUAUGGAUUGCCACAGUGAGCGGAUGAUCAAAAUCAGGAGACACGCUCAGAAAAAAGCCGAGAGAGAAAGAGCUGCAGCAGCAGGCGGCACUGGCUCGAGUUCUUCUCGUGAAGCCAGAUACAGAAGGGACAAUGGUCGCAUCUCCCCUGUCGUUUCUCACUCUCAUGAUGUACCGGGCUCUUCAAAGUCUCACCACAACCAACAUUUUGAUCAACCCUCACUGUCAAAUUCUCGUCAUCCAGUUUCUGCAUCCACUCAAACUUCCGCUAAACGGCGAUCCGGGCCGUACGUUAGCGACGCUUUCCAGCCCAGUAGUCAACGGUCCAAGUCGUCAGAGAAGACUUCUCCUUCGUAUCUGACUCCGGCAUUUCCCCUCCCUCCCCAGCAGUCAAUAUCUGUGACUAUAGCCCCACCGGAAUCGGAUACCCUUCAUCAUUCUGACUUGUCUCAUCGGCGACCUCUAGUACAUCAAUUAUCUACGUUGUCAGAGCAGAGCUUUGAGCAGGAAACGACUGCCUUCCGCUCUUUGAACUCAUCGUCGAAAGCAUCGUCGGAUGGACUGAGUGUGCAGACCUCGCGGCGCGACAAACGUCGAUCCAUCGAUCCAGGCCUUACUCUCAGCAAUGUGACGUCUCCUGCCAGUCCUGCCACAUCUCCGCCACCUACACUCUCUCCUCUCUCUGCAACAUUCACACGUCAGUCAAGCAAUCGCUCUCCAACACCUCCUGCCCACAAUGGCCGGGAAUCACCUCGAAUACCAUCUCCGCUUCGAGAGCAUUUCAAUGAGGGGGAGUCAAUAUCGCGGCCGUCGUCUAAUGGCUCAUUCCAAAGCACUACGAGCCACAUCCGUCCGGAAUCUUCUGCUUCACACUAUAACAAUUUUGAAGAUGAUGUGUCACCUCAGAUACGCACAUUUUCGGCUGGGAAUUCUUCGCCAGAUAGCCGUCCAGGUGAAACAAGCACCCCGAGAGCCAGGAAAAAUAGCUCACCAAAUCCUGAUCAAUCUCUGGAAAUACCCAUUCGUCACCAAAGGCCAUUCGAAGAACGUCCUCGGGAACGUCUCUCAUCACCCUCAAGUCUAACUUUCAGUCGGACGCGAUCAGGUAGUACUUCCAGAGCGCCCUCCAGAGCGGAUGUCCCGCACAAUGUGGAAAGUAGUACAGAUACUGAGGCAGAGGGUGAUGAACCGAUUGCGCACCGGCGAUCUGAGUCAAGCACGUCAGUACCACCGGCUUUACCUCCCAAAUCAGAAAAGGAUGUGUCCACCACUCAAAUACCCUCCGAAGCAGUCUCUCCUACAAGCGAUGUGGAUCCUGACCCAUCUAACCAGAUGGAUAGUGGCUCAGAUGAUAUGUCGGAAUCCUCACCGGUCGAACAGACAUCACAUGCGACUUUCAUUGCACCGGCCUUACCACCCAUCCGAUUUUCAUUGAACACCGCUGAUUUCUCGGAUUUGCUCAGCUCUGUUGGCGGGAUCAACGCGCUGAAAUCCUUGGAUCAGUUAACGAGUAUCUCUGAAAAGAACAAGGAGAACGACAGCGAUGUUCCUUCAACACCACCACCGUCAGCUACUUCUAUAAGAACGAAUGGUGUCACAUCAACCCCAAGUAGCGAUGUCACUAUUAUUGGAUCGCCCGCAUCGGGCUAUCGUAAAGAUAGAAGUGUUUCGACCGACGACCUUCGUUCUUUUGCCGCAAUAUCGUCUACGUCGAUCCAUGAGCAAGGAUUCUCCGAGUCGCAUCCAAAAUCUCUUCAAACUUUGAAUGCUUCUGUACCCGAAUUCAAUGAAUCCCAAUCUUCUGGUCGUAUCACCUUGACAACACUGGGGGCUAACCUCUCGAGUGUCACCAGACCAGAUGAUUCCGAUUUCGUACUUUUGCGGUUACAAGAGGCAAUGGCUGACGCCAAGGAGCGAGGUGCUCAGCAGUUGAAACUAGACCGCGCUUUUGUUGAAGCUAUCAUCAAGACCAUGGAUCUCAGAAAAGCAGCUUUUUUCGAUCUGAAGGGCAAAUUCGAUGGUGUCAAGAGAGCAAGUAAACAAUACAUUGAAGGGUUGACGGUUGCUCAGACGGAGUAUGAUCGUGAGCUCAAAGCACGAAGGGAUGCAGAGGCUGAAGUCACUCGAUUACGAGUCCUACUAUCAGGCCAGGCAGCACGGCUUACCGCACUUUCUGGGGAUUCUCGCCGACAAGAGCUUCGUCAACGGAUGACCAAGGAACUUCACGAUCAGUUGUCGGGGUUGGAGCAGGAUCUGUCAAAACUCAAGGUUGACCGUGACAUGGCAUUGGCAGAGGUUGAGGAGAUCUCUGCAACGAAAGGCUCAAAUGCGGCAGCUGACCAACGUACUACACAUCUGAAUCGUUCUCUCAUGAUGCGCCUUGAUUCAUUAAAGAUACAGUAUCAGAGGGACCUGGUUCCGUUGACCCAUGAACGAGAGGCCUUGUCUCGAGAGGUCAUGGAGCUCAAAGCUGUUCGAGAUGUCUUCCUUGAAGAAACGACGGUUCUCAAUGCUCGUAAUGAAGAGUUGGCUCAGCUCAGCGCCCAGUACGCUCGCCGGAUGGAUACAGUGCCCGAAAUAUCAUCCAAGGACGAGGAACACGUGGUGGCGCCUUCAAUGGACAACGGUCGCAGUCAGCUUCACCAGCCACAAACGUCUGUGCAAUUGCCUUCUCAAAAUCUCUAUGCCUCCACUACCUCUUUAAUUACUGAUGAGACGCUUGCCGAUAUGAAAACCGUCAUCAAGAUUUCGAAGCCAGAAACUGAACUACCCACGCCAUCGAAAGGGAAGUUUAUCAAGUGGCCAGGAUCCAGGACAAAAGAUACAACCAAUCCAACAAGCGUUGGCGAUAGCCGCGGUAAAGGACACUUGGAGCACAACUUCCAACAGCUCAGCGUGCUGCGAUUCACUCGGUGUGAUCACUGCGGAGAUAAGAUGUGGGGCUCACAGCUACGUUGUACUGGCUGCAACAUCUCCGUCCAUGUGCGGUGCAUAAACCAUGUUCAGGUUUUGUGCUCACAGCAAAGUUCAAAUCGUGAUGAUUCGCAAAUUUUGCGACAUUCAAUGUUUGGCCGCGACCUUGUAGAACAGGUGUACGCUGAUGCCAAAGGGAGCUCGCGACAGGUUCCAAUAAUCGUUGAUAAAUGCAUUGAAGCCGUUGAAGCCAUUGCAUUGGAUUACGAAGGGAUCUAUAGGAAAACAGGUGGAUCCCGCCAGAGCAAAUCAAUCACACAACUCUUUGAGCGUGGCGACUAUGAUGCGUUUGACCUUCGAGAUUCGGACCGAUUCAACGAUAUAUGUAGCGUCACUUCAGUGUUGAAAGCCUACUUCCGAUCUCUCCCUGUCCCUCUCCUGACCUAUGACCUCCAUGACCAAUUCAUGGCCGCUGUUGAAAUCCGCGACGCCUCUAUUAAAAACAAAAUGCUGCUUGACCUGGUGAACAAGCUGCCUAAAGAGCAUUAUCACACAUUGUGUGCUCUGAUGAUCCAUUUGAAUAAGGUUUGUCAACGGAGUGAGAGGAACUUGAUGAAUGCUCGUAACCUUGGCGUUGUAUUUGGCCCAACAUUAAUGAGAUCUCGGAACCCCGGUGCAGAGUUCAGCGACAUGGCUGGCAAAGCGCUUGCCAUAGAAUGGCUAGUGGGAAAUGCGCCGGAAAUUUUUCCUGAAAACGCAUCCCGAUAGUUGCAGAUUAUACCACGCCCUCAGUCUUCGUUCACCGAUUUGCCAUUCUAGAAGUACUUCUUUGGGUUUAUUUUUUAUACUAUCGCUCAGGUGAUUUUACACACCUCUAUUAUUGUUGAAAAGUUUCGGAUUUCAUUUUUAUCAGGGGUGUGUCGUAGUCUCUAAUCAUUGCCGUGCUUUCGUAUUUAACACUCAUCCUACUCGUAUAUAUCUAACGCCUUCAUUUACCAAUACCCUUUUCCAUGGUAUCUCGGAUGUACAUUCAUACCUAACUGGACCAGAUUCUUCCAUGCCGGACGCAAAGAUGUGAAGGUUGGUUACAUUAGUUCCCU